UGCAGCUCCAGGCUUGGCCACGCCUAAAUUAGGCCGUUAAAUUAUCUUUUACUGUCUGUGGAAACCUUGGGACGUUUUGCACACGGCCAAAUUGUCAAAGUGAGCCUGCCACUACUGAUUCAACAACCUCUAUAAGAAACCUAAUAGUUUAAUACCUGACUGCAUCCUUCCUGGUUACAAUAAGCAGAUGUUGUCGUGAGCAGAUACUGCAAAGCUCUGUGCAUUUAAAUGGUUUCCUGUCUUCCACUAAAUAGCAGCUUACAGCAACCAUUUUUCAAGAGAUAUCAUGCAGCAGCCAUUUUUCAAGAGAUAUCUAACCUCAGCAGCACUGACAGUAUGAAUUUCAUUUCAGUAAAUUGCAUGUGAAAGCAGUAUUCUAGUUUCUGAACUCAUUUCAGGUAUACAGUGAAGUAUUGCUAGCUUAGGUAAGGGUAUAUUUUAGAAAGCACAGGCUGGAAUUAUUUAAUGUCCACAUUCCCCCCUUCUUUACAAGUAUUAAUUUCCAGUAAAGAUGAAUCCUUUAGUCUGUAUGUUGCUGUGGCAAUUGGUGCCUGUCGCUGACAAGUUGAAUUUGAAUAUAAAGCUUCAUUGACCAGUCAAAAGGAAUUACUGAAAGUCAACUCCCCUGCAUUCAAGGGUUGCUCUUGAUUUUAAUACGAAAAGCAGGAGCCCUUGUGGCUCUGCAGGAGUGGAGCUGGCAACCCCCUGCUUUGCCGCAUCCGCAGCUGGUGUUCCUCAGCUCUGCCUGUGGAGAGGGUUUUCAGCACUGCGGACAGCAGCCCAGCCCACCUGUAGCACGCGUUCCUGUGAGACAGCUGCAGCCACUUACGCAAUCAAAAUCGGCUUCAGUACGAGCCAGAGGCCCCCUCCUCGGAAGGCUCCAGAGAGAGCGGAGGAGGCCUUUCGGCCCGGUGAUGUGAACGCGCUACUUCACUUCCUCGUUUCCUACAGAGGUUUGCUUUACUGAUGAACCCUUUCUUGCUGUGCCACGUUCCAAGGAGCAGCCAAAAGCCAGAUUCCGGCUGGCCUGCGUGUUUAAGGAUCUGCUGGUCCAUUAAUUGCCCCCCUUUUUAAAAAUCUUCCUGUCUAAUUUUAUGUGAGUCCAUAAUUUUGGGAACAUUUGCAGUGCGGGAUUAUUGAAUGCAAAAACAUUUCUGUGCGUGAUGAAGUGCCUUUCUAUGUUUUCCGAAGCUAUAUUUUUAGUGAAGUAAAAUGUGAGAAUAUCAGGGAACAUUGAUUUUUCUGCAAGGUAACCCCUCUUGAAUAUUAAAAAGCAGUUCUAAUGUGAGGGCAGUUCUGGGAGGAGAGCAUGGAUAUGAAUGUGAGUGAAUCAUGUUGUGAUUUCUCAAGGCAAACAGUUAUGUUAAGAAAUGUGACUGCACAUAUUCUUUAUUGCAUGGGGACACCAUGCGCUGUCUUAUAUGAGAGCAGUACAGAGAAUACUAGCUCUCGGUAUGGAGGCUAUAGAUUUAUCUAUCUCAUAAAAUAAUGUUAAAAAAUACAUUUAACAGGAAAGGGAAGAAACCUACUCGGGGAUGAGAAGCCACACCUCGUAACAAAAGGAUUGUUUACAGUGGAUAGGAAACGUGAGUAAUCAAAUUAGUGCGAAAAAGAAAGAAAAACUGAUUUUAAAAUAUUAGCAUACAAGGUCAGUGUGUUCCUCAGUAAGCUGUAAGCCACGUGCGCCACGGUGAGGUUUUGAGGUCUGAUGAACGCGCGAAAGCGAGUUGCUAUAAUUAUCCCUUCUCUGUGCAGCGCCGAGCCAAGCUGAGAUCGCCAGACAAAGAUAUCAUGUUUGCGGUCAGGAUGCACUUAGACAGCGUCAGCUGCUGACUGACACAGGCCAGGGCCCACCACACCCACAACCCCUGCUGUGAGAAACUGCAAAGCCGUUUUGACGCCUCCAGGAUUAAUUUCUCACGGAUUCCCUAAAGUCCCGCAGAGAGACCCAAAAGCAGCUCAACUCUUUUCCCUGGUAAGACAGGCCCAGGGUGGAGGAAUCAAAGGCCACACUGAGAAACGUUUGUCUUUGAAUUUGAUCGAUUUGUCCUCAGACAGACAGACAGGAAGAGCGACAGGAAACCUAGUACAUUUCAGGGGUGGGAAAACAUCUGUUAAAUUUACAGGCAACAUAAAGGCUUAGACACAUUAUUCUUUUAUCAAGGCAUCGAUGUUUAAUUUAGGCGUUUUGCAUUUACGAUGGCAACGAAUUGCGUUGUCUUCUGGUGUGCUAAAUCUACAGCCUAAUGGUAUGAAAAAAAAUGGAAUAUGAAAUAUUUACAUUUUUUAAAUUCCGUCCUCAAAGUUUUGAAAAAUUACACAAUAUUUGACCCCCACUUUUGUUCAGUGUUGCUGAUUUUGUUAAGGAAAUUGGAGCAGGAUUGCAUUCAGAAAUGUCUGAUUGACUAAUUCCGUUAAAUCCAACACUGUUGCUGUUGGAAAGCAUUCCAACCGUGUCGAGCUGUGUGAGUGGAACAUUUACCCUUAAAUGUUCUCAUAGUGUUUGACUAUGCAAUCUAAAACAUCCACAAUAAUCCAGCCUGCGUUUAAAUGAAAUGGAAAUAAAACCAGUCAUAGUGCUUGUCCAUAUAUCUGAGGUUAAACCCAUCCUCUGAUUGAUUAUUUUAUGAAUAUACAUUCAUUUUGUUGGAUAAAUAUCUCUCCAAACAGAAACUUUGAGAGGAAAGCACUAGUAACACAGAGAUAGCUGCCACUAAAGUGCCAUUUAAACAAAAAUCACAGUCGUUAGAUAAAAUUAGAAUGGGACUGGGUAACAGGAAUGAUGUGACUGGUCAGUUCUUAGCCUUUUGCCCCCUGAUCACCUUGUUGCACUAAUUCCUCAGCCUAAAAUAGCAUCCUUAUCAUUGUACCCAAGUCCUCACAACUUAAAUGUUUAGACUGAGAAAACUGUGUUCUUAAAAGGAUGCCUGUAAUGUGAAACUAACUACAGAUAACAUAUAUUAUUAACGUAACAACAAACAGUCUAAGUAAUAUAAUAUAUAUUUUUUUUCCAGAAUUAUUAUUUUAUUGUGCAAAAAUGUGCCAUAGGACAGAGAUCCAUUCUACCCUUAUUCAUGGCUGCUCUCACAGGAAUAAACAAACACAGCAGCACCUUAUCGUCUGUGACAGAUUUACCUUCCUGCGUCAGAAAUAGUGCGAUAUGUCCUGACCUUUCCAGAUGCGCGUUACUCAACAUAACACAUGCAGGCGUGCGCACGCGCAAAAACACAAACGAAAACACGCACGCACUAACUUCGGUCAGUAAACUCUCUGUGGGAAUAGGGUGCAUACUCAAUGGCAUCCCAUUGCAUGGCCUCUAUUCCUCUGCAGUUGCAUUUUGUACAAUAAGGGAAAGAGAUACCCUUACAUAUUUCCUAAACAGGGGAAUACCACCAGAUCGCAGCGUGGACGGUGAUAUAGUGUAGGUUCAAUUCUACAAUUCUACGUCGGCCGUUGUCGACAACAACGUUCACCCUUCUGCACAUUUUCUUCUGAUGGACGAUUCUCCUAUAAAGCAAUAAAUAAAUGAAACAAAAUGUAAAAAAUAAAUAAAAAUAAAACGGAAAAACAAAAAAAUUACAGUAUAGCAUAGUGGGCGUGGCCAAUGGACAACCGUGGAUCUGCGUAAUCAUACCAGGUCUCUUCAGAAAAUGUCACAGUGGUUUACACGAGUGAAGAAUAACAGCAGCAGAUUACAGAAAUAAUUCUGUAUCUGUAUCCCCAGCCCCCCGGGCCAGAAAACGUAAUCAAGCAUUUAACUUUCAUUACUUUUUGUUUUAAGUACUCAACAGAGAUAUCUCUUAUCCACUGUAGACUGUGGAAUAAAUGUCAUUCUUUUAAGCGCACAAAUUGCAAGGAAAUGUAAUGUCAAUAGUAGUUUUACUCUUCGACCAUCAAUGUCAAAAUGCUUUUUCGGAAGGUGAAACCUCUGUCCCAAAUGAGAUUUCCAUGCAUCAGGAGAGAGAGAGAACAAAUAAAUGAAUGAAUGAAAGUUAGAUCGGAUAUUAUCGUUUUAGGGGAGGCACUGCUGACAUUGCAUCCCAUCAGCGCAUCCAAUAACAACACUUGUGGAUAACAGUGUCAUGGAAAAAAAAAAACAGUACAGUACAGUGUCAUGAAGAACUUGAUUGUACAAAGCAGUGCAUCAGUCCACUAUUCACAAGCGGUCGCUGCUACAGAUCCGGUCUUGCCCUGAAUUAUUAUGACAGGAGUCACGUCCUUAUUUUUUUUUUUUGGCUAUGCAUUUGUGCUGAUGCACUGCACGCGCUGCAGCGGCUCACGCGAUGCCGCCCAGCUGUGAGAGCGCUCACUCUCGUAUCAGCCCAAAGUGGCAGUGUUUCGGUCGAAGGCGGGCAGUUCUAAUCGGUUUCUCAAUGAACGAUAAUCACCAGCUGCACGUUGGAUCCAAGGAUUAGCGCUCAUCGAAGCAAGUCGUUUACUGUUUUACAUGCCCUUUCGGCGUUGCCCGUCCAGCGAAUUCGCCAAUAAGUCGGUGGGUCCAACAAUUCCCACGCCGCCCACAGGAGACAGGUAUUCCCUCGGAAACAAGGGGGCUUGUCCGCGAGUCGUUGGAUUUUCCGCGGUAGUUCUCUUAGCAAGCUGGGGUAAAGUUUGCACAGUGUUUUUUAAAAAAAUGAGCGACCUUGAUGAAGACUUCGCCAAGCUUCUCACGAUAAAGGAAGACAGGAUAAAAGACCUGGAGAGACGUUUGGCCGAAAAGGAGGACGAGGUUCACGAACUGAAGAGAAAACUGCACAAAUGUCAGUCUGUUUUGCCCAGCGCGCAGCUUAUUGGACCGAGGACCAGGCGAGCCCAAGGCAUUUCGGCCGAGCCCCAAACGUGCCAAGACCUGAUUAGACAAGCCUUUCGGAAAUACGCGAAAUCUGACCGAUCCAAGGACUUAAUCAAGGGGGCCAUUUUGGAUAACGACUUCAUGAAGAAUCUGGAGUUGUCUCAGAUCCAGGAGAUUGUGGACUGCAUGUAUCCGGUCGAAUAUGGCAAAGACAGCUGCAUUAUAAAAGAGGGUGACGUGGGGUCACUGGUUUACGUCAUGGAAGACGGGAAAGUGGAGGUGACGAAGGAGGGCAUGAAGCUGUGCACCAUGGGUCCAGGGAAGGUGUUUGGGGAGCUGGCCAUCCUCUACAACUGCACCAGGACCGCCACGGUCAAGACCCUGACCAACGUGAAGCUGUGGGCCAUCGACCGGCAGUGCUUCCAGACCAUCAUGAUGCGGACAGGACUGAUCAAGCACUCCGAGUACAUGGAGUUUCUAAAGAGUGUUCCAACGUUCCAGGGCCUUCCGGAGGAAACAGUCAGCAAGCUGGCGGACGUCCUUGAGGAGACCCACUAUGAGAACGGGGAGUACAUCAUACGGCAGGGAGCCAGAGGAGACACCUUCUUCAUUAUCAGCAAGGGGAAGGUGAAUGUUACGAGGGAGGACUGGCCCAGCGAGGAACCGGCCUACCUGCGCGUCCUGGGCAAGGGGGAGUGGUUUGGAGAGAAGGCCCUGCAGGGGGAGGACAUCCGGACCGCAAACGUGAUUGCAGCCGAAGCUGUCACCUGUCUGGUAAUUGACCGAGACUCCUUCAAGCACCUGAUUGGAGGUCUGGACGACGUCUCCAACAAAGGUUACGAAGACGCCGAGGCCAAAGCCAAGUACGAGGCGGAGAACGCCUUCUUCUCCAGCCUGACCCUGGUGGACUUCAACAUCAUCGACACUCUGGGCGUGGGGGGGUUCGGCCGCGUGGAGCUGGUGCAGCUGAAGAGCGACGAGUCCCGGACGUUCGCCAUGAAGAUCCUGAAGAAGCGGCACAUCGUAGACACGCGGCAGCAGGAGCACAUCCGCUCGGAGAAGCAGAUCAUGCAGGAGGCCCACUCCGACUUCAUCGUCAGACUCUACAGGACAUUCAAGGACAGCAAGUAUCUGUACAUGCUAAUGGAGGCUUGCCUUGGAGGAGAGCUGUGGACUAUACUGAGGGACAGAGGCUCAUUUGAAGACGCGACCACGCGCUUCUACACGGCGUGUGUGGUGGAGGCCUUCUCCUACCUGCACUCCAAAGGGAUCAUCUACAGGGACCUCAAGCCCGAGAACCUCAUCCUGGAUCACAGAGGCUACGCCAAGCUGGUGGACUUUGGCUUCGCCAAAAAGAUCGGGUUCGGAAAGAAGACGUGGACGUUCUGCGGAACGCCGGAGUACGUGGCUCCUGAGAUCAUCCUGAACAAAGGCCACGACAUCUCCGCGGACUACUGGUCCCUGGGGAUCCUCAUGUACGAGCUCCUGACCGGCAGCCCUCCGUUUUCUGGCCCCGAUCCGAUGAAGACGUACAACAUCAUCCUGAGGGGCAUCGACAUGAUCGAAUUUCCAAAGAAGAUCGCCAAAAACGCCGGCAAUCUAAUCAAGAAACUCUGCAGGGACAAUCCCUCCGAAAGACUGGGGAACUUGAAAAACGGUGUCAAAGACAUCCAAAAGCACAAGUGGUUUGAAGGCUUUAACUGGGACGGGUUACAUAAGGGAACAAUGACCCCUCCCAUCAUCCCGAAUGUCACCUCGUCGACGGACACGAGCAACUUCGACAGCUUCCCUGAGGACAGCGAGGACCCUCCUCCCGACGACAACUCGGGAUGGGACGCCGAUUUCUAGACCCCGCCUCCGGCCUCCCGCCCCCCCCCCCCCCCACCCCGCAGCGGCUUCUGAGCAGCAUGCUGCCUGAUCUACAGGACCAAGCGCCGGUUCAGAGAGACUGCACAGAGAGGAGGGGAGGGGAGGGG